GGUCAACUCGAAAUUGUUGAAAUCAAAGUAAUGCAGUUGAAGCAUCUUCACUUGUCAGAGUGAAUGAUAUGGAUGCUCUUGAAGAGGUCAGUUGUCUAGAUUUUGCCAAUGAUAAGAAAACUAUUUUGGAUUUUGCCAAAGGACAUCGACUUUCUAGUAGUGUUGCUUUACAAGUUGGAAAGAGAGAUGGGAACAAGAACUUCUGUUCUUUAAAUAGUCUUUGUUUUGAAACACGAGACGACCUUGUAUAUGACUCUUAUUUAGUCGAACUCAUCAGUGAAAGUGAAGGACUGUACUUUUGUAUGAAGUGGGUCAUCUCGGAAUAUAUUCGCUAUUCACAGAAGGAAGAGUCGCACUUAUUUCCGUGCGUUAUUUAUAUCGAUACAACUGCAAGUCUUAGUAUGAUAAAGUGGAGUGACUGGAUGAAGCAGCAUGGCCUUCAUGCCGAUUCUAUAAAACAUUUUUGGAAUGACUUUUAUUAUUAUCGAGUUGUUGAUGCUUAUGAGCUUAUGGCAUUAUUGAAAUCUCUUCAUAUUUUUUUUCAGCAGCGAAACUCACACAAUUGGAUAAUAUUGUUAGAUAACUUUAGUUAUCCAUUGGAGCCUUUUGAAUGUCGAGGAAACUUGCCAUACUUAUUCCUUUAUGAAUGUUAUCGAAUAACUAAAAUGUAUAAUACUUGGACGUUUCUAGUUACGAAUAUAUACUCUUCUCCAUUUGGUAAGCGAUCGUAAUUUUUAUUAUGAGACAAAGCCAAGGUUUGACAACAUAUACAAGUAUCUCCAUUAGAACGUUAUUC